AUGCAAGACUUGUUCAACCAAGAUGAUAAAAAGUACAUGACCAUGGCAUUGCAACUAGCGAGCGAUGCAUAUGACGUAGGUGAAGUCCCAGUCGGAUGUGUGUUUGUACAUGCAUCAAAAGGCAUCAUUGGUCAAGGUCGAAACCGCACAAACGAAUCCCUAAACGGAGUACGUCAUGCAGAAUUCGAAGCCAUUGAUCAGAUCAUGUCAAUGCGUCCAUUGGAAACCGAUCUAGACACAUAUGUCAAAACCACAUUUCCACAAACUGAUGUGUAUGUGACAGUUGAACCAUGCAUCAUGUGUGCAUCAGCUCUACGACACUUGCAAAUCCGACGAGUAGUUUUCGGUUGUGGAAAUGACAAGUUUGGUGGUUGUGGAUCCGUGUUCCAUAUUCAUGACGAUGGAGUGGGUGCUGGAUUCAAUUAUCCGGCUGUUGGCGGUCUGUUUAAAAAUGAGGCAAUCAUGGCUUUACGACGAUUCUACGUCAGAGAAAACAAUCACGCUCCUGUACCAAGGAAAAAGACCAAUCGAGUGUUGAAAGAAACUUGAUCCGAUUCCAUAUAAUCUCCAACAAUGUGCUGAUGCAUUUCAGCGUUUAAUCUUUUAUAAAAUCAUAAGCAAUAUAAUGACGUUUUUGAUGCACAUA